UAUUGCUCGGUUUCUAUACAAUAAUAACGACAACAACUCUCGUCACGAUGGUUGUCUACUCGUUCUAUAUAUUUGACCGUCAUGCCGAGUGUAUCUACAGACGACGUUGGCUACCCCGGCCGGCUUCAAUUGUUGGCAAGUCCUCGCGGCCGACAUCUGACACACCUACCUUGAGCAACGGAAUAAGCCCUGCCCUUGAGAAAUUGGGACGUACGGCCGAUGAUGAUGCCAAGCUGGUCUUCGGGACUGUGUUCUCGUUGCGGAAUAUGGUACGGAAAUUAGGGGGGGACGAUGACAGCUUUAUUUCGUAUACUACCAACCAGUACAAGCUUCACUUCUACGAGACACCCACAAACACCAAGUUUGUCAUGAUCACCGAUAUCAAAAGCCCCAGCAUGCGCAUCGCCUUGCAGCAGAUUUAUAUCAACCUUUAUGUUGAGUAUGGUAGGUGGCGCAGGUGUUAUAUCUUGCGUACUGAUGAUUUUCAUCAGCAGCGACUGACUCGAUUUUCUUCGAUUUUUGACAGUUGUCAAAAACCCACUAUCUCCCGUUGAGCACCCAGGCGGAAUUGGCGUGGACAAUGAACUUUUUGAAGAGUCAUUGGAACAAUUUGUGACUCGGGUGCUGUCGUAAGACCUCAGGUUUUAUGCAGCGGGUUGUCAUCCGUUCAGGGUUGUUAUGCACAUCUUCCGACAUCCUCCUUGGCAGCCAUGGAACCCUAGGACAAAGGAUGCUCCAAGCCCACAAGGGCCUAACUGCAUGCCCUGAUCGUAUAUAGGAAGCUUGUUCGUCCUGUUGAUGAUAUGAAAAGUGUGAGCUUGCGCUGCGGAAUUUCCUGUGAGGUUUUCGUCCGCGGCCAGUUGCUAGCCCUUUCAAGAUGAGCCAUUUUCCGCGAAAAUUGACUGUUAUACAAAAGAUAGUCUGCUACCUAUGCGUCAAAACGCAGGGCUUCUGGCAUACGAUUGCUUUCGACAUAUCGUACAACGAGGCUGCUGACAGUUCAUCCCAUGCAGUGCUGUUCCAGUGUAUAUUUCCCGGGGCGCCUGUAACAGGAUGGGUGUGACCCCCACCCAGCCAGGAUGUCGACAUUUGUCGGGCUACAGGAGACUCCGGCGUUCGCUCAAGGACAGUGUCCGGUAUUUCUACUAAAACGGGACUACAGGACAUCGAUGACGGCUGAUGAGAUUUCUGAAAAGGGCCGAUUGCAUGCGAGGUGAUGGCGGAUGAACAGUGCGCAACAUUAAAGCGCAACGCUAAGGCCAUAUAAGUAAUACCUACCCCGCAACACAGCAAGGAGAACAGGAUUAUGCGGAACUUCAGCGUUGGGAUACGGCAUGUCGAUUGAUCACUGGUGACCUGUGGGCUGUACAGUGGAUGUAUGAUAAUGGAAAGCAUUCAUGUAUCAUGACCAAUACCCUCGGCAAAAACAUGUUGGCAGUUUCGCGAUCAAUAGUCUUGGGAUUAGCACAAACCUUCUUUGCUGUAACAUGACAAUUUCGCGUAAACUUUUGUGCUGAUACAAUUAUUAUUGAGGGGCAGGAACCUGUGGAGCAUCAUGUGACCAGGAAGUUGAGUUCAGUCUGAGGGAAGGAGAAUCAUCAGCACUGGGUGUCAUGUUCAAA